ACUUGUUUUGACCAAGUUUUCGUUCCCCCCAUCUCUCCCCAUCCUUUAUAAAGAGAGGUCUGGUGUCUUCUCUCAUAUUCAGCAAGGGAUAGACGCCACACCGUUUCCAUCCAAGCGAACCAGCACAUGAACAUCCACCGUCCAGCUGGCAGACUACAGACUACAGGGGACACACAUAGCCUACGCUGCACUGAAGAUAAUUACUUUUCCAGAAUCAUGGUGUUUGCAGCUGUGAAGGGAGUCUUCUUGAUGGCUCUUCUGUCUCUGAUGAUCACAGGGGGUCUGGCAGUAGAAUAACUAAUGGCGGAGAUGGAUCCCACAACCCUUGCUAAGAUCAUCCAAUACAUGCAGGACAACUAUCAACACUCUACAGAACAUAAGGACAAAGGCCAGUUUGCUGCAAUGAUCAACGUUCCUGUAAAAUACUGCACGGGCCGCUUUGAUAACAACUUCCUUUCUGGAGAGAUGGACAGUCAAACUGUCAAGCAGCUGCUCAAAAAAGACUUUGUCUACGAGGGGGGAAACCUGGUCCUUGCCAUACCAAAGGGCGCAGGUAAAAAAGCAGUCCACUCAGAGCGUCUCUUGCUGAUGUGUGGAGAAAAUGGUGAUGCUGUGACUCCCGCGCGGAAUCUGCUAAACAAAGUGGACGGUGGCUGCGCCGUUUUCUACACCUACAACUCCCCGUGCAUGGAGCGCUGCCUGAACCAACUGAGGGACGAAGAUGAACGCAAGAAGGUUGAAAAAGAAAGAGAGCGAAAUGAGAAGAAAGGGAAAAACGUUGAGAUCCCACCUGCUGUGGAGAAGUGCAUCUUGAACUCUCUCAGCAUGUUGACCAAUCACCAGGGCUUGAAGGCCUUUGUGUUCACGCGGGUCUAUGACAACGACAUCAAGGGGAAUACUGCUCAGGAAAUCCAAGACAAGAAGCAUCUGCUGGCGGCUGCCCUGAAGUUGGUGGCCGAGAGGGUCCCCCUCUACAGGUGCAGCGGCACAUCCUGUGUCAAAUGCCUGAACGACAAUCAGAUCGUUGGCCAGUGCUUGUCUAAUUUACCAAAACGGUGAUGAAUGAGUCGAGUCAUUGCUUAAGCUGUGUUACUGUGUUGUGAAAAACGCCCCUACUGUUGAUAGUUUCAAGAUCAGACUUAAGACAAAGCUUUUCUCUGAUGCCUUCUCUUAGAGAUCAAAAUGUUUUUGAUGUUUUUAUGUAUUUUGUUUCCUUUUCCUUAUUUCUUGCUUUUAUCUUUACUUUUUAUUCUAUUUUCACCUGUCAUGCCUUAUGCUUUUAUUUUUUAUUUUACUUCAAGUUAUUUUAUUUUACAUCAUUUUUAUCUUACUUUACUGUACAGCACAUUGAAUUGCAUUUAUGUAUGAAAUGCACAUGCAAAUAAAACUGCCUUGCCUUGCCUUGCCUUACUGUGUCAGUGCUGUCAAGUGAUCUGAGUAUUGGCUGAUGUAACACAAUAAAAAAAAAG